GGGGGUUGCUACGCAGGUGGCCUUCACUGCCAUUCAAGUAGUUUCCUCGGACACGGACAGUUGAGCUCAAGGCGACUUACACACCACACCCUCGACACGUCUGUGAAGGAAUCCCUGUGUGUCUGCCGAGAGAGUAACUCCUUUUACGGCUUACUCUACGACCAAACGGCAGUGAGUGACUGAACUGAAUUUUGUGGGGCACCAUGGGGGAACAAGGCCCAGGAGAUGAUCUGGAUGGCUGCUGUGGUGGCCAGGAAAUAGGUCACCACCAUGUCCACUUCUCCGAGGACACAGACAAGAUGGGUAAUACAGCCAUAGUCAUCAAGGAGAAGGAGAAGGGAUGCAAGUAUGAAGCUCAUGUUGGCUUUCUUCAGAUUCGUCACUGGUACCACAUCACUCUUAAUGUCCCUGUGAAGGAUGCCAGUGAAGGGUAUACCAUUGGAGAGGGUCAUGGAGUGUACUGCCGAGCUGAAAGCAUAAAAGCUCUGGAGGAUGGCAGUCUGGAGGUGCUGGUUAACAUGUUGGCUCACAAGGAGAAGCUGCUGAAGGAGUCAGUGAUCCUACUGAAGCCAUCUGGAGGGCAUCUGAAGGUCACCAUGUUUGCCAGAGUCUUAGGAAAACAGAAGGGGACCCCAAUGUUGAGAAAUGGCAUCAAGAGUUAUAAGGUGGAACGUGACGAGGAGUCGGAAGCAUCAGACUGGCAAGGCUUUACAUAACCAGGAAAACAUCUAAGGUCUCCAGUAGCUUCAUCUCAGGCUUUUACGUAAACUUACUCACAGUGCCCCUGAAAAUGCUGUUUCUGCUCAUCUACACUCACAUCUUGUAUCCAGUCACUGGAGAGAGUUUUAGUGUUUUACUAUUUAAAUAUGUAAUAGAUGUGUACAUAUGGUUAGAAUCACAAUAUCUGAGCCAUAUUUUACCUAUCUAUGACAAUACCUAGAAAGGCUUGCAAGAUAUUUUCACACUAACUAGUGUUCUCUAUUAAUCAUAUAUUCUGUAUCUGACAGUCACUGAAUAUGGUACUAGUAGCUGUACGCUCCACUUUAAGGGACUAGUCUGGAAAGUUACUAAAUUACAGUAUUAAAAAUCUUGACUUUUGUCUUAUCAGAUUAGUAAAACAUAUUAUGUGCAGUCAUGACUUUCAUUAAGUUUUAUAAGUAAGUAGCACUUAAGAUAUCUAGACAUUCUGUGUGUAACUGCAGUAAUCACAAAUCAACAUCCUUCCAGAGUAAAUGUAACUAGCUGGUACCUUAAGUUAAUACCUUAGUUGUCGAUGACCAAUAUGCAAGGAAUUCUUGUUAUUUGCAAAGUGGUAAGGAGCAAUGCAUUUUUGCAAGGGUUGAUAAUAUAGCAAAUCCAGUUAAAGAAUGAUGUCUUGCAGCCCAUUAAGAUCAGAGACAAAUAAUUACUUUCAAGAUAAAAGAUAGCGGAACUCAGAUUUAUUCACGAGGCCAGAUAACAACCCUAUGCACGUAAGAAGUGAUGAAUAGGGUGAAUAUAGCUGACUUGGUAAGCACCUGACUGUGAAGUAGAAAGUACUUGGAAGUGGGUGUAACAUAGUAUUGGGGACACACAUGGUCACCACCCAGGAACUCUACUGCUUGCUUAACCCUUUCCAUCCGUGACGCAGACAUCAGCGUCGCAGUAUGGAUAGGGUCAAGAGGAAAUGGAAGAGGAUUAAUCCUCUUCUAAACUUCUCAAUACUCCUAUAAGUUUCUCUUAAUCCUCUUCCAUUUCCUCUUGAGAGGUUUAGAAGAGGAAAUGGAAGAGGAUUAAGAGGUUUAGAAGAGGACAAACAGUGACGCUGUUGGACGCCCGUCGGAUGCCGAUGUCAGCGUCGCUGGAGUGAAGGGGUUAAGAAAGUAUUUUUGAUACCUUGCAUGCAAAUAACAAGGUCUCUUUGUAUCCUUUGAACAGGGCAAGAUAAGAAACACAGUUUGAAAGAGGAUUGUGUCAGUAACCCUUGAUGGCAUGUGGUGUCUCACCUUUAUCUUAUUGAUCAAGGCAUAGUGUGCCAUACAUUUCCAUUGUCUUUAGGGCCUGUAGGUUUUAAGUGUUGAUGUAGUUUUAUGGGUGUAUUUCUAAAGGGUCGUUCACACAUUCACGAGCGUGGCACCAGCCAAGUUGGUAUUUAUAACACAGUCGUCAUCCUGCAACAUAAUCAUAGACUCAUAGCAGUGUCAUGCAUAUAAGAACAUAAGGAGUCUGCAAGAGGCCAGUUGGUCUAUACAAGGCAGCUCCUGUAAGCUUAACCCUGCCUAACCUCACCAUCCAUGAAUUUAUCCAACAUCAUCUUGAAUGUAUCUAUGGUAUUGGCACCCACAACAUGACUGCCAAGUCUGUUUCACUAAUCCACCACUUUAUGUAUGAGGUCGACCAAAAUUUCCAACAUGUUUGAAAUGUAGGCACAAGUUUUACAUGACUUUUGGAUGCAGUUGUAGCAUACUUUUACUGAUUAUUGUCAACUUGCAACAACUUACUGCAUACUUGGCCAUGUUUGUUGAGCCCCACAACUCAGCUAGGCUUGGCACCACGCUCAUGAAUGUUUGAAUGGGGCUUAAUUCCAUCAAAUUUUGUAGUGUUACUUUAUUCACAUAUUUUUAACCGUAUUACCAAGCCAAAAUUUGAUCAAGGACAGUCAGUAUUGAGCAAUCAUCAGAUGAAGAAAGCUGUGCUCAAGUUGAUAAAAGAUAUUACAUAGUUAUUUAUUAAUGACAUGAACAUCUUACUAGAAGUGGAACUGAAUCUGCAAAAAUUAAUGGUAUGAGUAAUAGUACAACAAAGCAAAAUAAAUGUACUUAAGUUUU